CCCAUUUCCGACUUCCAUCUUCCACUUCCUCAGUUCCGCUUGACGUCAUCACCUCAAAACCCUAAAAACACUCCAAAACCUAACCCUAAUCUCGAGCUCCAUCCAUGGCGAGGCCGCCGCCGCCUCUUCUCCGCCACCUCCUCCGGCGCUUCCUCCCAUCCCACCCUCCCAUUCCCCAUCCGUCCAUCCAUUCUCCUCUUCCUCCUCUCACCCUCUUCCGAUUCCUCUCUUCUCUCUCCUCCGCCGUCCCCGCCGCCGCCGCAUCCGACGUCGCUCACUCGAUCGCUGGUGAACUCCAGAAAAUCUCCUCCUCCGUCUCCACUGACCUCCCCGGCCACCUCUCCCUCCAUUUCUCCGACGUCCGCUUCACCCCCUCCCUCCUCCACGACGUUCUUACACACUCCCCUCCCACCGCCGGUCGCGCAGCUGCCGAUCUCUUCCGCCACCUCGCUGGAACUCGUUGCCUUCCGGCAUCUGACCCCUCCCUAGCUCUCCUCGUUGGCCUCCUCGCCCGCCGCCACGACUUCAAGGCCAUCAACGAGCUCCUCCAUGACUUCCCUCGUGCUGUCGGCCACGAAACCCUCUCUACCACCCUUCUCUCCCUGGCCUCUGCCGGUCGCCCUGCCGCCGCCGUUCGUCUCUUCCAAUCCCUCGGCAAGGAUCUCAACGUCCCGCGUGAUCCCGCCGCUCUCUCUGCUCUCGUUACAGCGCUAUGCGCACACGGAUUCACUGGCUACGCUGAGCGUGCUGUCAAAGCUGCGGCUGCUGAGAUAUUUCCUAAUGUAGAUAUCUGCAACGCUUUGAUCGGAGGGUACUGCACUGAGCUGAAGCUCGGCGAGGCAAGGAGGUUGAUGGAGGAGAUCCUCCGGGGAGGGUUUGAGCUAUCUACUCCAGCUUACAACUCGAUUCUAGAUUGUGUUUGCCGGCUUGCCAGGAAGAAAGAUCCUCUCCAAAUGCAGCACGAGGCUGAAAAAAUCCUGCUUGAAAUGGAAUCCGCUGGAAUUCCAAGAAAUGCAAGGACUUUCCAUGUUCUAAUCUAUAACCUUUGCAAGAUACGAAAGACCGAGGAUGCAAUGAAGCUGUUCGGAAGAAUGCCGGAGUGGGGAUGCUCGGCAGAGGCUGAUACUUAUCUUGUUUUGAUCAGAAGUUUGUAUCAGGCAGCUAGAGUGUCAGAGGGUGAUGAGAUGAUUGAGUGGAUGAGGUCUGCUGGAUUUGGUUCAGAGCUUGAUAGGAAGGCAUAUUAUGGGUUUAUCAAGAUUUUGUGUGGGAUUGAGAGGGUUGAUCAUGCAAUGAAGGUGUUUCGGAUGAUGAAGGGUUAUGGGCAUGCGCCGGGGAUCAAGACUUAUGAUUUGUUGAUUGGAAAGUUGGCAGCUCACAAUCAAGGGGAUCGAGCCAAUGCAUUGUUCAAGGAGGCAGUUGCACGAGGUGUUCCUGUCACUCCGAAUGUGUAUAAAGUUGACCCAAGGUUUGUGAAGCAGAAGAAAGUGAAGCAGGGGAAGAAGAGGGAGACAUUGCCGGAGAAGAUGGCAAGGAAGAGGAAGAGGAUUAGGAAGCUGAAGAUGAGCUUUGUCAAGAAGCCAAGAUCAACGAGGAGGGUCAUUUGAACCAUGUAGCAUGGAUGGUCAUGCUAGUGCAACAAGAAUUCUGCAUCAACUUAAACAAGGCGGAAUCGAAGUUGGAAAAACAAUUCGAUUUGAGCUCAAACUGCAGCAAUGCUUGCAGGAUUUUAAAUCAGAUAAUUCUCACUACAAAUUGUGGUUGUCGAGAUCGGAUGCCUUGCGGACAUGUCUACUGAUUCAUAAUUCGGAAUUUAUUUUUCUUGCUAACUUUAUUGUAGUUGGCGAAUAGCGUUGCAUCGAAGAAAUAUUUGUUGUAAAUCCUGGUCAUCAACCUGAAAUGUGGAAGUCUAUUGCUCACAACUUUUAAUUUUCUUGUUGAUGUUGAGAGUCCACAAGAAAAUGAAGUUUUGAUUGAUGUCUUUGAAAAUUUGCAAAGUUGUUGAAUCUCCAAACUGGUUUUGGGACAAUUUGGUUAUUGUUAUUACUUUCCAUUUCUUUUA